AUCAACCCCACAGGCUUUAAAAACAACAGCAGUUUACUGUCUGUUUAUGUGGGUCACGGGACAGAGAGAGGACAGAGGUAUUUUCUAGUCCAGCAAGGGAGGCACGAUGCGCUCCCUCUUGUUGCUGUGGCUGUGUGCGGCCCUGCCAGCUCUGCUGUGGGCCUCUCAUGUCACUCUGGAGGUGGAGGGGGACAACAAUGCCUCCAUGAUUUGCAGACCUGCCCCUCACUGGGAUAUUAAGGGAAAGGCACCCAUGAAAGCGCUGCUGGGAAAUGUGGUCGUGGUGGCACUGCUGAAGGCCAGCUGACAUUUCUGUCUCACUCAGGCCUCCAAGAUCGGAGGCCUGCGUGAGAAGCUGAAGCGCAGCAACAUCACUGAAGUUUCUUUUAUGAUAGUAAAUGAGAGGGAGGCUCAGUCCAGAGCAAUGUACUGGGAGCUGAAGAGAAGAGCGCCCACCGAUGUUCCUGUGUACCAGCAGGCUCCACUUCAGAAUGAUGUGUGGGAGGCUCUGGACGGAGACAAAGAUGACUUCUUGGUCUAUGAUCGCUGUGGACUGCUCACCUUCCAUAUCGUGCUGCCUUACAGUUUCCUUCACUACCCCUACGUCGAGGCUGCAAUCAGAGCAACUUACUUUAAAGACAUCUGCAACUGCACUGCCCUUGAUACUUUGUCAAACAUCGACCCUUCAUCCAUAACACCCGUGGAUGAUGAAGAAGAGGAUCCACCUCCUCCAGAUCGUAAACUUCAGCAUGAACAUCAGCAUCAACACCACCAUCCUUUUGACCACAACCCUCAUCCCCAUCACCCUCAAUACGACCGGAAUCAAUCCCAGCCUGUGCGCCAUACACGUCAUAACAACACUCAACCCCAUCAGCAUCGCCAUCCACAUAUCCACCAACAUCAUAAUCAUAAUCAUCACCAAGAUUAGCCACAGUCAUCAUGGUGGUACAGACGUGGAUAAAUCAGACAUCAGUCUGAUUCCCUAUUUCACAUGGCAGCCAUUUCCCUCAAAUAUGAAGCUCAUGAUAGGAGGCUGAAACACUCGUAUCUUCUAAUACUGCUUUUUUUAGUUUUUAAAUUGUGUGAAUGAAGAAAAAUUGACCAGUUAAAAUUGUUGUAACGCUUUGUGACUGAUCAGCAACUAAAAAAGUCAAUGAGUGGUGAAAAACCUGGGUGAAUAGAACUGCAUUUGUAGGUCAAAACAACAUGUUUGAUUAUUCUGCUCAUAGAAGCAGUCAUUAACUCCAUAUCUUCUAUUAGUAUAAACUAGGAGGUAGAUAAAUAUUAACAUUAGUUUGAUACAAUAUGAGAGGAAAUGAUUUAAUUCCUAGUUACUAUCAAAGAUACAAUAUGUAAUUUCUGCACUGAAAUAACUUACAGCAUGUCUGUCUGUCUUGAUUUACAAACCACUCCUGCUCCAAUAGCCCUUGAUUCCUCUCAGAGGACUUCUUAGGUGUGCUGGUUCGAAACAGGUUCCAAAAAACCCCCCCACAAAUAUGUAGAUUUUCAAUACAAUCAAAAAUUUUUUGCCCUCCCCAUCUCUGUCCACCACUGCGUCACUUCCCCCUGUAUAACAAAUACGCUCAUGCUAAGGUCUAUAAUUUUUUUAUUGAGGUUAUCUCAUUGUGACAAUAUGGCAUAAUUGAUAUGUCUGUUAAUUGCAUUACUUCCUAAAAGGUAAAGAUACAAGUGCAUUUAGAACUCAAACUUCCAUUUAUUACAAUAUCUGAUGCUAUUUUAUGAAGGUAAACUUCCAUUGCCAGCGUUUCAGUGGACUAGUCUUUCAGUUUAAAAGGUGAAUUCUGAAUUUUCAGUAUUUUAACAGGACAUGUCGUUUUAUGGAGGGCGCCAAAGGUUGCGAGUUCAAUCGCCCAAACAUCCCUCUGUAACAUGGAAAGCCCUCACACUAGGCAUUUCCAGCCAGCUUAGACCAGCACUGCUCAGCGGCCUCCUUCCCAGUACUACUCCUUGUUUUGAAUUGAGGACUCUGUUCAAUAAAGACAUCACCUCACAAGGCUUAUUUACUAACCAGAAAACAGAUGUUUUGUUUUCAUUCAGAAGUUUCUCAUAAUCAGGAAGAAAUGCACUGAAAAAGGCACUUCCGGUUAGCGCUGGAGGCGGUCCCAGAAGGCCUGCUGGAGUGCAUGACUGUUUCUGACUCAGUCUCCUCCUUUUAACAUUUUAUUUUGAUUUUUUUAUGUAGUAAGUGACAACAUUAAAAUUGUAAUGGAUUACAGUACCCCCCCCCCCCAGAAUAUACACAAAUAAAGCUAAAAUGACAGAUUUUUAAAAAAUAUAUGUAUAUUAAAAAAACCUACUAAUACACUGAAAGCUACUUAAUAACAGUUAGUUACUUUCCACUCUGAUGAUAAGUGAUAGAGUUUUUAUAUUUUCAGUUCUGGUCUUUUUCGAGGCAGUGAUUUCAAAAAUUAGUGAGAUUUCCUACUUUUACACAACUUUGGAUGUAGUUUUAUGACAUUACAGUAAGCUUUGCAGCAAUGUGAAUACAGUAGAAUUCUUUAGUUGAACUUGCUUUUUAGUGUUUUGCUAGAAUGUUUUUACUUGUGUAUUUUACCAUUGGUGUUUUAUUUUGACUUUGUUAGCAGUUCACUGAGUAGUUGGGAAUCUGUUCCAGCAGUGCUCAGACUGGUUUUCUGUUAGCUUGCUCACACCUUACUCCUCUGUGUUCAUAAUGCCACCUGUCCCAGCCCGUCCUCUCCCAUUAAUGAAGUCUACAGUGUCAAACCUGCUGCAGGAGGCUGUAGGUGGAUGUGUGAGGAGAGAGCGGACGGAUCGAUGGUCAUUCUGACACAGACGGAGUUUAAGGAUGUUGAGCAUGCUGAUGAGUAAACCUCUGUGAGAUUUCUGUCUGGAUAUUUUCCUUCCUGUUCAGUUUCUGCUUCUGUCAGUUCUUUCUGUUAGGAUUUGGACUUUGCUGCUAAAUGACUGUGUACAUAAAAGCGCUUCCAGAACUUAACAUGCCCUCUUUUAUCCAAAACUUGUGCAUGUAUUUGGAAGUGAUUCAAUAAAGAUAUUACGA